AUGUUCUGUGAACUGUCAUCUGCCACGCUGUACAUGACAUGGCCUUCUCAUGGGCUUUUGGCUUCCACAGCCGCUUCGUGCAAAGUCCCGUGGCGCUGCUGCAAGGCCAUGGCCAAGGGCUUGUUGGCCGCUUCUUGGGAUGCAGGCCCAACGCUGCUGGAGCCUGGAGAUCUAAGGUUCAGUCGUUUCCAUGCGACAUCGCUUGCUUCGCUGGAUGAGGCACGUGCUGCCUCGGAGGCAGUGGCUGCACUUCUCCCUAGGCGCCGCAGCGCUCAAGACUGGCUUGGCAACCAUGAUGCAGGCUUAGUCCCGGCAUGUGGCAGUCGUGCUGUGCCUUCGCGACGGGGCGACAUCGGCACUUCUUUCCUGGGCUCUGCCAAAUGCAGGGACCACCGCAGCAAAACUUCCAGCAGGGCCAGGGUCCGCCGCAGCAGGGUGGCUAUCAACAGCAGGGCGGCUAUCAGCAAGGCUAUCAGCAGCAGGGAGGAUAUCCGCCAAACCAGCAAGGAUACUACCAGGGGCAGCCCGGGCAACCAGGUUACCAGGGUGCCCCGCCGCAGGGUGCAGCCAGGAGCCCGUCAUCUGGGUCGAAGGCCGCGCUUAUGGCAGGUGUCAUGUCCCCGUUUGGCAUCGCCAUCAUCGGAGCCGGCCU